AAUCUCCCUCCGUUCUGGUCUGAGCCUUUGCAACGCUUUAUAUACACGUUAAAAAAGUCCUUUAACCCUCCAGUUACUUCUUUGCUUUUAUUCAGUGCCGAGCAAAGCAAUAACGAUGGUCGAGCAGUUCGUUGGUAAAUGGAAAAUGACUUCCAGUGACAAUUUUGACGAAUACAUGAAGGCUGUAGGUGCUGGUUUCGCUUCCAGGCAAAUGGCUAACCUGGCAAAACCCAGUCUGUCGAUUGCCGUGGAUGAGCAGGGGUUCAUCUCCAUGAAGGCCGUCACUACCUUCAAGACCCUGGAAAUCAAAUUCAAAUUAGACGAAGAAUUCGACGAGACGACGGCAGACGACAGGAAAGUCCGGACUACUAUAAGCCUGGGGGAUGGCAAACUCAUUCAAAAGCAGACCUGGGAGGGGAAGAGCACAAUAAUCGAGAGAGAGAUUCAAGACUGCAAAAUGAUAGCGAAAUGUAUCAUGGACGAUGUGGUGGCUGUCAGGACAUAUGAGAAAGAUGCGUGAUGAAAGACGCACGAACUCUGGGCUUUAAGACCAGUUUAAGACCUCACUGGGUUUUCGUUUGGUUGAAUUUGACUGGUCUGAUGUGGGUAUACGAAUCGCUUUGCUGCAACUGGUUUUUAUUUUGCUUUGUAAACAUAAUAAAAAAUACAAACGAUCAAA